AUGGGGGAAAAGUUUGCCAAGAGUCACCAUGCAUUGCUCAGCAAGGGAGAGGAGAAUGAAAUGGAGAUAUUUGGCUACAAAACCCAGGGCUGCCGGAAAGCCAUGUGCAUUGCUGGGUACAUUCUGUCCUGCGGGGUUCUCCGGCUUGUAUUUUACUGGAAACCAGCGUGGGAUGUGUGGGCAAACUGCAUCCCCUGCAGCUUGCAAGAAGCAGACGUCACAUUGCUCAGAACAACAGAUGAAUUUCAGAUUUAUUCCCGGAAGAAGGUGAUGUGGAUCUCUGUGUCUGCACUGAACAAAUUUAGAUCAGAUUAUCCAAUCAUUGCUGAUGAAAACUCCAUCAUAAACAAAGCCAUAAUGAAACCAGAUUUAAAAGUAAGAUGCAUCCAAGUGCAGAAAAUCCGGUAUAUUUGGAACAACCCUGAACAACAGUUCCAGAAAGUUGGGUCCCUAGAAGACAGUCACACUUGUUCAGAUAUACAUCUGAAAUUUGGUUCUGGUUUGCGACGUGCGGAACUGGAGAUCAGGAGGCUAAUAUGUGGGCCAAAUGCCAUUGAUAUUCAGGUUGUCCCUAUUUGGAAACUACUCAUCAAAGAGGUCUUAAAUCCAUUUUACGUGUUCCAACUCUUCAGUGUGUGUCUGUGGUUCGCUGAGGAUUAUAAGGAGUAUGCCAUUGCUAUCAUAAUCAUGUCCCUCCUUUCGAUCACCUUAACCGUGUAUGAUCUCAGAAAGCAAUCUAUGAAACUGCACAGGCUGGUGGAGUCGCAUAACAGUGUCAGGGUCACUGUGUGCAGGAAAGACGAAGGCUUCCAAGAGCUAGAGUCAUGCCAUCUGGUGCCAGGAGACGUGCUGGCUUUGGCAGGGGGCAAAGCCCUUAUGCCAUGCGAUGCCAUCCUGAUCAGCGGUGGGUGCGUUGUAAAUGAAGGCAUGCUGACAGGGGAAAGCAUUCCAGUAACAAAGACCCACUUGCCCCAGGCUGAGGACUCCAGGCCCUGGAGAACAUGCUGCGCAGAGGAUUACAAAAGACAUGUCCUUUUCUGUGGAACAGAGGUCAUCCAGACCAAGGCAGAUGGCAACGGGCCAGCGAGAGCUGUUGUGCUGAGGACUGGUUUCAACACAGCCAAAGGAGACCUGGUCAGGUCUAUUCUCUACCCUAAGCCCAUGAAUUUCAAGCUGUACAGAGACGCCUUACGGUUCCUGAUGUGCCUCAUAGUGCUUGCGACCAUUGGAAUGAUCUAUACAGUGUGUGUUUUUGCACUAAACGGGGAAGAGGCAGGAGAAGUGGUGAAAAAGGCACUGGACGUCAUCACUAUUGCAGUCCCUCCAGCUCUCCCUGCUGCUUUGACGACGGGGAUCAUUUAUACGCAGGGCAGGCUGAAGAAAAAGGGAAUCUUCUGCAUCAGUCCUCAGAGGAUCAAUGUGUGUGGGCAGCUGAACCUCAUCUGCUUUGACAAAACUGGCACCUUAACAGAAGAUGGACUGGACCUGUGGGGGGUGAUCGCUUCUGAAGGAAACAGUUUUCAGAAAGUCCACAGCUUCGCCUCUGGUCGCAGCUUGCCCUGGGGACCAAUGUGCGGCGCCAUGGCGAGCUGUCAUUCACUGAUUGUUCUGGACGGAAAGAUACAGGGAGAUCCAUUGGACCUGAAAAUGUUUGAGGCAACUAAUUGGGAGAUGGAGGAUUCCUGUGAAGAUCAUGUUAAGAAUGGCGAAUUCACACACGCUGUUGUUAUUAAACCCGGACCCAAAGCCAGCAAUGUUCCAGUGGAAGGAAUUGCCAUCUUACACCAGUUUCCAUUUUCCUCAGCCCUGCAGAGGAUGUCGGUCAUAGCUCAGGAAAUCGGAGGGGAGCAGCAGGUCUUCAUGAAGGGAGCUCCGGAGACGGUGGCCAAGUUUUGUAGACCAGAAACCGUGCCACCCGGUUUUGCCAGUGAGCUUCAGCUCUAUGCAGCGCGGGGCUUCAGGGUCAUCGGACUGGCGCACAAAAUUCUGCAGGCAGGGAGGCAGGCAGCUGGCUUAACAAGGGAGGAGGUGGAGUCUGACCUGACGUUCCUGGGCUUUCUGAUAAUGGAAAAUCGGCUGAAGGCAGAGACCAAGCCUGUGCUGGAAGAACUCAGCGCUGCCCGCAUCAGGAGCGUUAUGGUCACAGGUGACAACAUACAGACAGCGGUUACUGUGGCCAAAAAUGCUGGAAUGAUUUCUCAGACCAGUCAAGUGAUUCUCAUUGAAGCAAAUGAACUGUCAGGUUCCCCCUCAGCAUCCAUCACCUGGAAGCUACUGGAAGAAAGCAAACUGAAUGGCUACAGAAACCUGGAGACUUACAUUCAUGUUGGGGGAAGAUUCAGCUCUGAAGUUGGACGUAGCAGUUACCAUUUUGCCAUGAGUGGAAAAUCCUACCAGGUCAUUACACAGCAUUUCAGCUAUUUACUUCCAAAGCUCCUGGUCAAUGGGACCGUUUUUGCUAGAAUGUCUCCAGGUCAGAAAUCCAGCCUGGUGGAGGAGUUUCAAAAGUUGGAUUACUUUGUGGGCAUGUGCGGAGAUGGAGCCAAUGACUGUGGGGCUUUGAAAAUGGCCCACGCUGGGAUAUCGUUGUCAGAGCAGGAGGCGUCGGUGGCUUCACCUUUCACGUCCCGAACCCCCAGCAUAGAGUGUGUGCCCGAGCUGAUCAGGCAAGGUCGCGCUGCUCUCGUCACUUCAUUCUGCGUGUUUAAGUACAUGGCACUGUACAGCACCAUCCAGUACCUUGGUGUUCUCCUGCUUUACUGGCAACUAAACUCCUUUGGGAAUUACCAGUUUUUAUUCCAAGAUCUGGCUAUUACCACUGUAAUUGGUAUAACAAUGAGUUUGAACGGUGCCUACCCAAAGCUGGUCCCAUACAGGCCUCCAGGCCAGCUGAUCUCGCCCCCUUUGCUACUGUCCGUGGUCCUGAACAUCCUGUUCAGCCUGUGCAUGCAGGUUUUUGGCUUUGUCACCGUCCAGAAGCAGCCCUGGUACGCUCAGCACAACAUCUACAGUGCCUGCCUCAGUGGGAAUAAAAGCCAUGUGGAGAAUUCUUCCUCCGCUGCCACCAUCGGUUUCACUGGGAUGGAGAAUGCAGAUGCCGGAGAGAGGGUGGACAAUGGCUACAAGAGCUAUGAAAAUACCACAGUGUGGCUCCUUAGCACCAUCAACUGCCUCAUGGUAGCACUGGUGUUCUCCAAGGGAAAGCCCUUCCGGCAGCCCGUGCACACGAACUAUAUAUUUGUACUUGUGCUAGCAGUACAGCUGGGCAUCUGUGUCUUCUUUGUGUUUGCCGACAUUGACGGUCUCUACUCACAGAUGGAUCUCGUGUGCACCCCCACCUUCUGGAGAAUCUCCAUGGUGAUAAUGCUGCUGGUCACAUUCGCGGUGUCCUUCGUUGUAGAGGAGGCUGUCAUUGAAAACAGAGCCCUCUGGAUGCUGCUCAAAAAGUGCUUCCAGUACCAGUCCAAGAGCCAUUACAAGAGGCUGCAAAGGAUGCUGGAGCAGGACUCAGCCUGGCCUCCUCUGAACGAAACCAUCUUCUCAGAGUCCAGGGUGAUACCAGUGGAGGACAACAGGGUAGCUUACAGGAAUCCAGUGUUUGAAAGCAAUGAGGAUAUGCUCUGA